GCGCUCCCCCUGGCGCGGCGGCCGCGGCGCUGCUGCUCGGGCGGGCGGGGGCGGCCUUGGGCUCCCGCUUCCGGUGUGGUGUCAUGGCGGGCCCCGGGCGCUGAUGGCUGAGGGGAGCUGAGGGCCCCGCAGCGCGCCAGGGAUAACGGAGACCCGCCCGUGCCCUCCCCGCGCCCGGCGCCUCUCCUGCCGCCCUCCCCGCGGGGAUCCGCCCCCCUCCCUGGCCGGGCAGGCGGGGGGACAUGGCGGCCCACAAGCCGGUGGAGUGGGUGCAGGCCGUGGUGAACCGCUUCGAUGAGCAGCUUCCUAUAAAGGCUGGCCAGCAAAAUACCCACACCAAAGUCAGUACGGAGCACAACAAGGAAUGUCUCAUAAACAUUUCCAAGUACAAAUUUUCCCUGGUCAUCAGUGGUCUCACCAAUAUCUUAAAAAAUGUUAAUAACAUGAGAAUAUUUGGAGAAACUGCUGAAAAGAAUUUGUAUCUAUCUCAGCUGAUUAUCUUGGAUACACUGGAAAAAUGUCUGGCAGGGCAACCAAAGGAUACCAUGCGACUAGACGAGACUAUGCUGGUGAAACAGUUGCUGCCAGAAAUCUGCCACUUCAUCCACACCUACCGUGAAGGGAACCAGCACGCAGCUGAGCUGCGGAGUUCGGCCUCUGGGGUUCUUUUUUCUCUGAGCUGCAAUAACUUCAAUGCUGUGUUCAGCCGCAUUUCCACCAGAUUACAGGAACUGACUGUUUGUUCAGAAGAUAAUGCUGACGUUCAUGAUAUUGAACUUUUACAGUACAUCAGUGUGGAUUGUUCCAAACUAAAGCGACUCUUGCAAGAGACAGUAUUCAAGUUUAAAGCGCUUAAGAAAGUAGCUCAAUUGGCUGUUAUCAACAGUCUUGAAAAGGCGUUUUGGAACUGGGUGGAAAACUAUCCUGAUGAAUUCACAAAGCUGUAUCAAACACCUCAGACUGAUAUGGCUGAUUGUGCCGAGAAGUUGUUUGACUUAGUGGAUGGCUUUGCUGAAAGCACAAAACGUAAAGCAGCAGUUUGGCCACUGCAAAUCAUACUCCUGGUCCUGUGUCCAGAGAUAAUCCAAGAUAUAGCAAAGGACGUGGUGGAAGAAACUAAAAUGAACAAGAAACUGUUCCUGGACAAUCUCAGGAAGGCACUUGCAGGCCACGGUGGGAGUAGACAGCUGACUGAAAGUGCUGCUAUUGCUUGUGUUAAACUGUGCAAAGCUUCUACCUACAUCAACUGGGAAGAUAAUUCCGUCAUUUUCCUACUAGUGCAGUCCAUGGUGGUGGAUCUUAAGAAUUUGCUGUUUAAUCCAAGCAAACCUUUUUCAAGAGGCAAUCAAAAUGCAGAUGUAGACCUUAUGAUUGACUGCUUGGUUUCCUGUUUCCGCAUAAACCCUCAUAAUAACCAACACUUUAAGAUCUGCCUGGCCCAGAAUUCCCCAUCAACAUUUCAUUAUGUGCUGGUAAAUUCGCUCCACCGAAUCAUCACAAAUUCGGCUCUGGACUGGUGGCCGCGGAUCGACGCUGUGUACUGCCACUCCAUGGAGCUGCGCAGCAUGUUCAGCGAGACCCUUCACAAGGCCAUCCAGGGCUGCGGGGCCCACCCGGCCAUUCGCAUGACUCCGAUGCCAACCAGUCACUGUUUUGCAUGGCAGUGGGCCUCUGUUGCUAGUCUUACCUUUAAGGAGAAAAUGACAAGCCUUAAAUUUAAAGAAAAGCCUACUGAUCUGGAAACCAGAAGCUACAAGUUCUUGCUGUUAUCCUUGGUAAAGCUGAUCCAUGCUGAUCCAAAGCUGUUGCUGUGUAAUCCAAGGAAGCAAGGGCCUGAGACACAGGGGAGCACGGCUGAGUUAAUUACAGGCCUCGUGCAACUCGUUCCGCAGUCCAGCAUGCCAGAUAUCGCACAAGAAGCCAUGGAGGCCUUGCUAGUUCUUCACCAGUUAGACAGCAUCGACUUGUGGAAUCCUGAUGCACCUAUAGAGACAUUCUGGGAAAUAAGUUCACAAAUGCUUUUUUAUAUCUGCAAGAAGCUAACUAGUCAUCAGAUGCUGAGCAGUACAGAAAUCCUCAAAUGGCUGCGAGAGAUUCUCAUCUGUAGGAACAAAUUCCUUCUGAAAAACAAACAGUCAGACAGGAGUUCCUGCCACUUCCUCUUCCUUUACGAUGUCUCUGGAGGUGGAACUAGUCAGAUUUCUCUUGACCAUGAAGAGAUGAUACGCUGUACUCCAGGAGCUACCCUCAGGAAAGGGAAAGGGAAUUCUUCCAUGGAAAGCACAGCAGGUUGCAGUGGAACUCCCAUCUGUCGCCAAGCCCAAACAAAAUUGGAAGUCGCCUUGUACAUGUUCUUGUGGAGCCCGGACAUCGAGGCAGUGCUCGUUGCAAUGUCCUGUUUCCGGCACCUCUGUGAGGAAGCUGAUAUCAGAUGUGGGGUAGAUGAAGUCUCUGUGCAUAACUUUUUGCCAAACUACAAUACUUUCAUGGAGUUCGCAUCUGUUAGCAAUAUGAUGUCAACAGGUAGAGCAGCUCUUCAGAAGAGAGUGAUGGCGUUACUGAGGCGUAUUGAGCAUCCGACUGCAGGCAAUACCGAGGCCUGGGAGGAUACACACGCAAAAUGGGAACAAGCUACAAAACUAAUCCUUAACUAUCCAAAGACCAAAAUGGAAGACGGGCAGGUCACUGAAAGUCUGCAUAAGACAAUUGUGAAGAGACGAAUGUCGCAUGUCAGUGGGGGAGGCUCCAUAGACUUGUCUGACACAGACUCUCUUCAGGAGUGGAUCAACAUGACAGGGUUCUUAUGUGCCCUGGGAGGAGUGUGCCUGCAGCACCGCAGCAAUGCAGGGCUGGCCACCUACAGCCCACCCAUGGGCCCAGUCAACGAGCGCAAGGGCUCCAUGAUAUCCAUGGUGUCCACCGAGGGAAACACGGAGACUCCUGUCAGCAAGUUCAUUGAUCGGUUAUUGACUCUCAUGGUCUGUAACCAUGAGAAAGUGGGACUUCAGAUACGGACUAACAUUAAAGAUCUGGUGGGUUUGGAGUUGAGUCCAGCACUUUAUCCAAUGCUGUUUAACAAACUGAAGAACACCAUCAGCAAGUUUUUUGAUUCUCAAGGACAGGUUUUGUUAACUGAGACCAACACCCAAUUUGUAGAGCAGACUAUUGCUAUAAUGAAGAAUUUGCUUGACAAUCACACAGAAGGGAGCUCAGAACACCUUGGACAAGCUAGUAUUGAGACAAUGAUGCUAAAUCUGGUUAGGUAUGUGCGUGUCCUUGGAAAUCUGGUGCAUGCAAUUCAAAUCAAAACUAAGCUCUGUCAGUUAGUAGAAGUAAUGAUGGAAAGGAGAGAUGACCUUUCCUUUUGCCAAGAAAUGAAAUUUAGGAACAAAAUGGUCGAGUAUUUGACAGACUGGGUUAUGGGAACAUCUAAUCAAGCAACAGAUGAGGAUGUGAAAUGCUUGACAAGAGAUUUGGACCAAGCAAGCAUGGAAGCAGUGGUCUCUCUCCUUGCUGGGCUUCCACUACAGCCUGAAGAAGGAGAUGGUGUUGAGUUGAUGGAAGCGAAAUCUCAGUUAUUCCUUAAGUACUUCACGCUGUUCAUGAACCUUCUCAAUGACUGCAGUGAAGUUGAAGAUGAAAGCGCUCAGACAGGAGGCAGGAAACGUGGGAUGUCUCGCAGACUGGCCUCGCUCCGGCACUGCACUGUCCUUGCUAUGUCCAACUUACUCAAUGCAAAUGUGGACAGUGGUCUUAUGCACUCAAUAGGCUUGGGCUAUCAUAAAGACCUCCAAACAAGAGCUACGUUUAUGGAAGUCCUCACCAAAAUUCUGCAGCAGGGAACAGAAUUUGAUACCUUAGCAGAAACAGUGCUAGCAGAUCGGUUUGAGAGAUUGGUGGAGUUGGUUACAAUGAUGGGUGAUCAGGGGGAGCUUCCUAUUGCUAUGGCUUUAGCCAAUGUGGUGCCUUGUUCUCAGUGGGAUGAGCUAGCUCGUGUCCUGGUCACGCUCUUUGAUUCCCGGCACUUGCUCUACCAGCUCCUCUGGAAUAUGUUUUCAAAGGAAGUUGAGCUAGCGGACUCCAUGCAGACACUCUUCCGAGGAAACAGCUUAGCCAGUAAAAUAAUGACUUUCUGUUUUAAGGUGUAUGGUGCUACGUAUCUGCAGAAGCUUUUGGAGCCUUUAUUAAGGACUGUGAUCACAUCCUCUGAAUGGCAGCAUGUUAGCUUUGAAGUGGAUCCAACAAGGCUGGAGCCCACGGAGAGCCUUGAGGAGAACCAGAGGAGUCUCUUGCAAAUGACAGAAAAGUUUUUCCAUGCCAUCAUAAACUCCUCUUCCGAGUUCCCACCACAGCUCCGCAGCGUGUGCCAUUGUUUGUACCAGGCAACUUGCCACUCUCUACUGAAUAAAGCUACCGUAAAAGAAAAAAAGGAAAACAAAAAAUCAGUGGUUAGUCAGCGGUUCCCUCAGAACAGCAUCGGAGCCGUCGGAAGCGCCAUGUUCCUGCGGUUCAUCAACCCUGCGAUCGUCUCCCCUUACGAGGCAGGGAUUUUAGAUAAAAAGCCUCCACCAAGAAUUGAAAGGGGAUUGAAACUGAUGUCAAAGAUUCUUCAGAGCAUUGCCAACCACGUCCUGUUUACAAAAGAAGAACAUAUGCGGCCUUUCAAUGAUUUUGUAAAAAGCAAUUUUGAUGCAGCACGAAGGUUCUUCCUUGACAUUGCAUCUGAUUGCCCAGCGAGCGACACUGUCAAUCACAGCCUGUCUUUCAUCAGCGAUGGCAACGUGCUGGCUUUGCACCGGCUGCUGUGGAACAACCAGGAGAAAAUUGGCCAGUACCUUUCCAGCAACAGGGACCACAAGGCUGUUGGAAGACGACCUUUUGACAAGAUGGCCACUCUUCUUGCCUACCUUGGUCCUCCUGAGCACAAACCUGUGGCAGACACCCAUUGGUCCAGUUUAAAUCUCACAAGUUCCAAAUUUGAAGAGUUUAUGACGAGGCAUCAGGUACAUGAAAAAGAGGAGUUUAAAGCGCUGAAAACAUUAAACAUUUUCUACCAAGCUGGGACUUCGAAAGCUGGCAAUCCUGUCUUCUACUACAUUGCUCGGCGGUUCAAGACUGGUCAGAUCAACGGAGAUCUGCUGAUCUACCACGUGCUGCUGACUCUGAAGCCAUACUAUGCAAAGCCAUAUGAGAUUGUGGUGGACCUCACUCACGCUGGCCCCAGUAAUCGCUUUAAAACAGACUUUCUUUCUAAAUGGUUUGUAGUUUUUCCAGGCUUUGCUUAUGAAAAUGUCUCAGCAGUUUUUAUUUAUAACUGUAACUCUUGGGUCAGAGAAUACACCAAAUACCAUGAAAGGCUCUUGACAGGUUUGAAAGGAAGCAAAAGGCUUAUUUUCAUAGACUCUCCAGGGAAACUGGCCGAGCACAUCGAACACGACCAGCAGAAACUCCCAGCAGCUACCUUGGCUUUGGAGGAGGAUUUGAAAGUAUUUCACAAUGCUCUCAAACUGGCUCACAAAGACACCAAAGUCUCUAUUAAAGUUGGGUCGACCGCUGUGCAGGUGACAUCAGCAGAACGAACAAGAGUCCUGGGACAGACAGUGUUUCUAAAUGACAUCUACUACGCCUCUGAGAUCGAGGAAAUAUGUCUCGUGGAUGAGAACCAGUUUACGCUGACCAUUGCCAACCAGGGCACACCGCUCACCUUCAUGCAUCAGGAGUGUGAAGCCAUUGUCAGGUCCAUCAUUCACAUACGGACGCGGUGGGAGCUCUCACAACCAGACUCCAUCCCCCAGCACACCAAAAUUCGCCCCAAGGAUGUCCCUGGGACGCUGCUGAACAUCGCACUGCUCAACCUGGGGAGCUCCGACCCCAGCCUGCGGUCUGCUGCCUAUAAUCUCCUAUGUGCCUUAACAUGUACCUUUAAUUUAAAGAUUGAGGGCCAGUUACUGGAAACGUCAGGACUGUGUAUUCCUGCCAACAACACACUAUUUAUUGUAUCUAUUAGUAAGACUCUUGCAGCUAAUGAGCCCCACCUCACCUUAGAGUUCCUGGAAGAGUGCAUUUCUGGAUUCAGCAAGUCUAGUAUUGAACUGAAGCACCUCUGUCUGGAGUACAUGACUCCCUGGCUGUCCAACCUGGUGCGGUUCUGCAAACACAACGAUGAUGCCAAGCGCCAGCGGGUCACGGCCAUUCUUGAUAAGCUCAUAACGAUGACAAUAAAUGAGAAGCAGAUGUACCCUUCCAUCCAGGCCAAGAUAUGGGGAAGUCUUGGACAGAUAACGGAUCUCCUUGAUGUCGUGCUGGACAGCUUUAUCAAGACCAGUGCCACAGGGGGCUUAGGCUCCAUAAAGGCUGAGGUUAUGGCAGACACGGCUGUAGCACUCGCUUCAGGAAAUGUAAAGCUGGUUUCAAGCAAAGUGAUUGGGAGGAUGUGUAAAAUAAUCGACAAGACUUGUCUGUCUCCGACUCCUACCCUGGAGCAGCACCUGAUGUGGGAUGACAUCGCUAUUCUAGCACGCUACAUGCUGAUGCUCUCCUUCAACAAUUCUCUGGAUGUGGCAGCACAUCUCCCCUACCUCUUCCACGUGGUCACCUUGUUGGUGGCCACUGGUCCCCUUUCUCUCAGAGCUUCCACUCACGGUCUCGUCAUUAACAUCAUUCAUUCCCUGUGCACUUGUUCCCAGCUUCACUUCAGUGAGGAGACCAAGCAAGUUUUAAGGCUGAGCUUGACCGAGUUCUCUCUGCCCAAGUUCUAUUUGCUGUUUGGAAUCAGCAAAGUGAAGUCGGCCGCAGUCAUCGCGUUCCGCUCCAGCUACCGAGACAGGUCCUUCUCUCCUGGCUCCUAUGAAAGGGAGACUUUUGCCCUGACCUCCUUGGAAACUGUUACUGAGGCACUGCUGGAGAUCAUGGAGGCAUGUAUGAGGGAUAUUCCAACGUGCAAGUGGCUGGACCAGUGGACUGAACUAGCUCAAAAGUUUGCAUUCCAGUAUAACCCAUCCCUGCAGCCAAGAGCACUUGUUGUCUUUGGCUGCAUAAGUAAGCGUGUGUCUCAUGGACAAAUAAAGCAAAUAAUCCGAAUUCUUAGCAAGGGACUCGAGAGCUGUUUAAAAGGGCCUGAUAAUUACAAUAGCCAAGUUCUGAUAGAAGCUACGGUUAUAGCCCUCACCAAGCUGCAGCCUCUUCUUAACAAGGACUCGCCGAUGCACAAGGCCCUCUUCUGGGUAGCCAUGGCAGUGCUGCAGCUGGAUGAAGUAAACCUGUACUCAGCAGGUACAGCCCUGCUUGAGCAGAAUCUGCACACCCUGGACAGCCUUCGAGUAUUCAAUGACAAGAGCCCGGAAGAGGUGUUCAUGGAGAUCAGGAGACCCCUGGAGUGGCACUGCAAGCAGAUGGACCAUUUUGUUGGGCUGAAUUUCAACUCCAACUUCAACUUUGCACUAGUGGGACACCUCCUGAAGGGGUACAGGCACCCUUCUCCUACCACUGUAGCAAGAACUGUGAGGAUUUUACACACACUACUAGCGCUGGUUAACAAGCACAGGAACUGUGACAAGUUUGAGGUGAACACCCAGAGCGUGGCUUACCUGGCAGCUUUGCUGACAGUGUCUGAGGAGGUUCGAAGUCGCUGCAGCCUAAAGCACAGGAAGUCUCUCUUGUUGACAGACGUUUCAAUGGAGAAUGUUCCCAUGGAUACCUACCCCAUCCAUCACACUGACACUAGCUAUAGGACACUAAAGGAAAACCAACCCUGGUCAUCACCAAAGGGGUCAGACAGACACCUGGCUGCCAGUUACCCGACAGUGGGACAGAUAAGCCCUCGAACACGAAAAUCCAUGAGUUUGGAUAUGGGGCAGCCGUCACAAGCGAACACUAAAAAGCUUCUAGGUACAAGGAAAAGUUUUGACCAUUUGAUAUCGGACACAAAGGCUCCUAAAAGGCAAGACAUGGAAUCUGGAAUCACAACGCCUCCCAAAAUGAGGAGAGUAGCCGAAAAUGAUUAUGAAAUGGAAACCCAGAGAAUAUCACCACAGCAGCACCCGCAUCUCCGAAAGGUUUCUGUGUCCGAGUCCAACGUCCUGCUGGAUGAAGAAGUCCUGACUGACCCCAGAAUACAAGCGCUGCUGCUUACGGUUCUUGCGACAUUGGUGAAGUACACUACUGAUGAGUUUGACCAGCGGAUUCUGUACGAGUACUUAGCAGAAGCCAGCGUUGUCUUCCCAAAGGUCUUUCCUGUUGUGCACAAUUUACUGGACUCCAAGAUCAAUACCCUCCUAUCGCUGUGCCAGGAUCCAAACUUGCUGAAUCCAAUCCAUGGGAUCGUUCAGAGCGUUGUCUACCAUGAAGAGUCGCCGCCCCAGUACCAAACUUCUUACCUGCAGAGUUUUGGAUUUAAUGGGUUGUGGAGGUUUGCUGGCCCCUUCUCUAAGCAAACACAAAUCCCGGACUACGCUGAGCUCAUAGUGAAGUUUCUUGAUGCCUUGAUUGACACGUAUUUGCCUGGAAUCGAUGAGGAAACCAGUGAAGAAUCUCUCCUGACGCCCACCUCUCCGUAUCCCCCUGCAGUGCAGAGCCAGCUGAGCAUCACUGCUAACCUCAACCUUUCCAAUUCCAUGACCUCCCUUGCAACCUCCCAGCACUCCCCAGGGAUCGACAAGGAGAACGUGGAGCUGUCGCCCACCGCCGGGCACGCCAACAGCGGGAGGAUGCGCCACGGCUCCGCCAGCCAAGUGCAGAAGCAGCGCAGCGCGGGCAGCUUCAAGCGGCACAGCAUCAAAAAGAUCGUGUGAUUGCUCCUCUCUGAGCCCUUUAACUCUGUCUGGAGACUGACGCACGCGGGCCCCUCGCAGGGCCCUCACCGGUUGUGAUGCUGCACUUAACUUUUCCAGUUCCCAUCCUGUCAGCCGUGUUGCCAGAUGAUCAACUCCUGAGACAUUGCCUGAGUUUUAAUGCCUUCAUUUCCUCCCUCCUGUGUCUGGUUUCAGUCAGUGUUUCAGAACCGCUCCCCUAGAUCCUGACGGACUUUGCAGCCGAAGGAGGUGUGGAGUUCUUUAACACUGCAGAACCGUGUCGUGUCCAAACUCGAAAGCCAUUGCCCGUAGACAGUUCUACCUUGCUUCUGUUGUCUGCCUUGGUUGCCUCUCUUCUAGAGGGACGUGUUCGUCCUUAACCCUGUUUGCACACAUUUCAAGGUGGUGGCUUUAUGAGCCAGAGGAAGUUCCUGUAAUCCUGGUUUUAAUUCAAACCUGUAAGAUUUUUAGCUGUGGACUUUUUUUUACCAUACUUUAAAAGAAACUUAGGACAGCUGCAGUGCAAUGAGCUUAACCAUCGUGGUGGGUUAGGUUAAAUUCCUGGUAAUCAGCAAUAAAUUUGAGAGGAGAAGGAGGCCCCACGAGUCUCUUCCAUUCCCCACCCCAUAGCUGCACAUGCUUGGACUGUGUAUGGACCAGACUGGACAAACUGGCUUUUUUCCAAAGCAGGGACAUUGCUGUACUUGAACUGCACUAAACAGGUUGUAUAGUGGAAAGAAACUAUCGAGAACUGACCAUUAUGCUGUCAUUGUAGCAGUCUUGAAAACUUAAUUGCUUCUUUCUUCUAUUUAGCAUCUACUUUAGUUUUGCCCUUCCUCUGAGGAAUUCCUGGCAGAAUAACCCGUGGGGUGUGUGGGGAAUUAACCCUCGAGCUCUGGGAGAUGGCGUUUGGCAAAGCUGCUUCCGUGCUGCCCGAGCAGCACUGUAAAACCAGCAAUGUUUGCUUAAGGUACAUGAAUUUAAAGCCAGCCGACACCAUGUGGAGUGCAGGUUAUGUCUGAGUGUUUGCAGUGCAAUCCCUGGUGUCAGUCCAGGCAUCCGCAGCCAAACCCAUCUCACAGAACAACCCUGGGCUUUCAGUCCGUGAGGGUUCGUGCUUGGGGGUGACACAGAACUGAAGCUGCUGUCGCUGUUAAGCACUUGUCAGCUCAGUCGUGCGUCGCGGUGGACGGCUGUGAACGUGCUGCUAUGUCUGAGGUGUCGGGCGCAGCGCUGGGUGCUGAUCUUGGGGUGAGCAGGAAUCCUGGCCAAGGGCCCAUCCAUCAGCUGGGUGCUCACUGGAGGGCUCUGCAUCUCCUGCUAAAGAACAGCUGAACUGCCCAGUGCCAGAGCCCUGGUUUAUGUUAGGUCUGCAAGUGGCUUUAAAGGAAAACAAAGGCAUAUCCAGUAGCUGCAGUGAGACCCUCCAGUGCAAUUUCCUUAGUGGCUUUCAGUAAAUCAAACUCCACAGCUAAAUUAUUAGAGAAUGGUACAAGUAAGUGUUGAGACUUUAUUGCUAUCGCACAUAACUCACAUGUAUCCACACAGUAACGAUGUAACAUGUAUGUAAAUAAAAAUACCUUUAUUGUAUUGAUUCCUAACAUAACAAUUUAAUUUCUUUAAUUUGUUUACAGUCCUGGAAAAACUCUGAACACAAACUUCAUAUGCAAAUAGUUUGCCAAAACAAGAGGAAAGCUUAGAAUCAGCAGUGUUGGAAUAGAGGCGCUGGGAAAGGCAAAGGCUUGUGCAGUCAACCAGACCUCUUUAUUCCUGGUGGUAGGAAUGUGGUUCCUGAGCUGCCGUGGGACUGUGAAAGGGGUUGUGAGGCCAGAGCUGAGCGCAGGAGUAGAGCAGUGGCUGGGGCUGUCUGGAGCUGCUGUGCACAGACAGCUCCGGGGGUCACUGAUGUAAAAGCUGUUCUCAUCUCAUAGGUGAUGUUGCAGAGCCACCUUCAGCAUCGCUACCAGCGAGUGCUUGUUAGUCCGAAUCGAGCUAUUCCAGCCCUUUCUGCUGUGCUGAAGACAAUGAAUUGUAGAAGCCUGAAGGUUUGUAGGUAGGAGGGAAAAAGAAUCUCUUGUAAUUUGCUGGUAGAAAAACGUAGUUUUCACUUUUCUCCUACAAGCAGAUUCUCUGUAAACAGAAAGAGUAAUUCCAGGGAACAGCCAAAGGGGUUUUGUUUGACUGGGAGCAUGCGAGAGCACCUCUGCCAACGUUUUUGCAUUGCCUCUAUUAAGAGAGUCCCUAAAUUAAUGCAUUGUUUGAAACACAGAGAAUGUGAAACCAAAAUGGACAGCGAUUGCAGUUACCUUUCCUGGGAGAACUAUUCCAGACUCCCAGUCCCUUCUGAAAAAACCUGGUACCUUCAUAAAGGAAGUCAACAAAACUGAAUUCAUCCUGUUUCCUGGAAAGAGGGGGAGUCAUUUCAUGUCUUCACUGCAUGGCUCAGUGAGAGGACCUGAACAUUCUUAGAGCAGGGGUGUCAAACACGUGGGUCACGGGAGCUGGAUGCAGGCAUAGUUACAGCCGAUGACCAGGGUUUAUUUUGGGAUCACAUGCACUCUGAUACAUGGGGACAUCAUCUCCCAGUACCAGUGGUUGAGAAGCUUGUGCUUAGAUCAAGGAGGGGACCACGGCCUUUCUUUACUGAUGAAACUCCUAUUAGUAAUUAGUCGUUCAGUGCCUUACUGUCACAUGCAUCACUUGGCCUGCUCCCUGUAACAGCCAGUGCUCUUAUUUUGCCUUUUUGUUUUCUUGCUCGCAUCCUCCUUCAUUUGCUCUCUUUUCCUGGUUUUUCUCCACCCCGCUCCAUUUCAUUCUGGUGAGCACCCCUCAGCUCCCAGUCCAGCCUGCUUCCAUCCCCUCCUUGCCCAUUACUGCUCUCUGCUCAUAGUGAUCAGCAGGUAGUUAGUUGCUGGUGAGGAUUUGAACCUGAUCUAGCGAGCAGGAGACAGAUCCAAGCGUUCCAACCUGCGACUGGCUCCUGCAGGCAGCCCGUGGGCUUCCAGGCAGUCACUGCUGCACGGCUGCUCCUGCAGCAUGGAGUCAGUGUACUUGGACAUGAGACUUAGCUUCAGGAAAACCCAGGUUUCACACGCGGCCCAUGCGAGGACAUCAUGGGGACUGUAUGUUUGACACCCCUGGUUUAGAACACGUUACCCAUCACGCACUAACUACAGUUCAGUACUGUAAAGAUGAUUAACAUUUUGUUUGUGUUUGUAUUUUCCCUGACUUAAAGAUAAUUCAGUAGUAUUUGAAUAGUGCAUAACCUACCUGUUAAUUAUGCCAAUGUUUCUGCUUUGAUGUGCAUGAGGUUUCUGAGAACAGGAAACAUUUCACCUAAGUAUUGUGGACCCGGGAGCAUUCUAGUGCUCUAUUCCUAACUGGGUUGUAGGUUGUAGGGCCUUUUCUGUUCCAUUCUAAGGUUAAUUUCUUUUCCAGUGUAAUGAAGCACGUCUUAUUGUUAUGCAACAAACUUACCACAGAAAGUCACUUUUAGUGUUGGUCCCACCAUUUUUUUUUAAUGCAGUAUAUUCACCUGUAAAUAGUUUUUUGUGUAAAAUUUGACAGAAAGGUAUAUUUACUACACUGUAAAUACAUGUGACAAUAUAUUGUAUUAUUUUGCUUUUUUUGUAAAGCAGUUAGUUGCUGUAUAUGUAUAACAUACAAAUUUGAUUAUUCUAGUGUUAGUAACUGGUAACUACUACUACUCCUUCCUGCUGUUGCGUUAUGUCAUUUAAAAAGAGAUGCUGUGUACUAUAAACUCACACUGUGUAUGAUACCUUACUAGUUCCAGUUGGGCCUCAGCUUUGAACCCGUUUCCUUGAUCCACAAUCCUGUUGCUAUUGUAAGCAAGAGUGCGACAGCUGGCAAGAGCCCGGCCAACUCAAAACGCCAGUGGUAACUGUAGGUGAAAGGGUAGAAGGCUGGGUUCAGGUAACUCUUGUUCACCCCGUUUCCCCUCAUGUAUGUACUUCCCCUUUUUUUUGAAGUAAAAUGUAAAUUCAACCUGCUUCAAGUUGUUUGGAGGUCAUUCGCUGGUGCUGCGCGGUGCAGUCUGCAGUCCCUUCUCUGUGACAGUGAGAUUCGGAUGGGUCGCUGGGGUCUGCAUUGCCACAGGUGUGGGAUCAGCCCUAAUCCCAGGCCUCAAACCCCUCUCUUUCUGGGGAAAAUGAGGAUCCAGUUGAACUCCUGGGAUUUGUCUUUCCAGCAUGGUGCUGCUCUGUGUGGGUCAUCUUGCACAGCUCUAAAUAAUGGCAAAACCGAUUGCCUGAGGAUAACCGAGGACAGGAUUUGGACAGAAUAAAGCCCACUGUCAUGAAUUUCAUGUCACUUCAAUAAGAUUAUCAUAAUUGAAUAAUAAAUCAGAAUAUUUCUUUUUAAAUUGUAAAUUUAAUAUUUUAAUAAAGCAGCUGCUUGGUCUUUAAAGAACAUUUCAGUAUAAUUUGUCUAUUUGAGCUUUUCUAGCUUAGAAGCUUGAAGUUUCAACUGUCAGGCAACUUUUAUGACAAAUAAUUAAUCAAAUCUAUUUUUCUUUCAAGGGAAUAUAUUACUUUCCUAUUAAAAAUGUAUAAGUACUUAUAUUCUGGCUUUGUGAAUCAUAAAAGGAUGUAAAAACACAUUAAAGCUCGACUGCAUUGACUA